UUAAAUAACAGAUUGUUUUAUUCUUUUGUCGUGAUAUGAUCAAGGGGCAUUCAGUCUCCAUGUAUGAAAGUUUGCGCCAGGCUAGCAAGUGGGAAAUUGUUUACGACCGCUGUAUAUCCUAGCUACACCUGUCCAGGCCACUCUCGAGGCCUAUAAUAACUCAACCAGCGCAAGAUUCUUCAGUUCAUUUUAAACCAAAGUUAGCGCACGAUCGCCGGAGCCUUAAUCAUACACCAAGAGUAUCCCAGAGUUCGGACUGACAUCUAUCUACAGAGAUCCACAUAUCAAGCCUACAGCCACAAAAAUCAAGAAUGCCUCGCUCAUUUUUAAUCAAAAAGAAGGAAUUCAAGAAAAACAAUAUCACUUACUUUGACAACACCGAGGAUACCCCACCAACUGUAGCAUCUUCACAAGCUGAACUGUAUCGUCUCACAGCGCCUUAUGCCCAACCCCUAGUUAUGCCAAACAACGAACCGCAUGUCAUCAACACAAGCAAGGAAUAUAACGGACAGAACGGCUUUCAUGGUGAUAGUGAAAAAAGAAUGAACGCGUGGAAUAGGGAGGAGCGUCCUGAUAGCGAACGCUUGGCGGAUUUUGCGGCCAUUAAAGAAGAAAAGGAAACGGAUUCCACGGGAAACGAAAAACCUUACACGUGCCAGCACUGCAGUAAAGUGUUCACCCGCUCGUGGAAUUUCCAACGCCAUGUUCUCAUCCACACGGGCCAGAAGCCAUACAAGUGCCAGAAAUGCCCGAAGGCUUUCGCCCUAGCGGCGCACCUGAAGAUCCACAACCGAAUUCACACCGGCGAAAAGCCGUACACCUGUAAUAUCUGCUGCCGUGGAUUCGCUCAGCUGACCAAUUUACAGAGACACAUCCUGACACACACGGGCGAGAAACCACACAAGUGCCAGUACUGUCCCAAGGCGUUCGUAAGCUCGAGCGAUCUGCGAAGACACGUCCGUAUCCACACAGGCGAGCGCCCAUACAAGUGCAAACAGUGCUCCAAAGCCUUCACUACCUCUGGCAACCUCCAAUCGCACAUUCUGACCCACACUGGGGAAAAACCGUACAAGUGUAACAUCUGCAACUGGAAAUUCAUCAGCUCGAGUAAUCUACGCACGCAUAUUCGAAUUCAUCACGCCUACUAUCUGGAGAAAUCAAAUUCGAAUCACCAUCGCCCCGAGCAGCAAAACGCCCGCAUGCCCCCUGACACGGCCACAGAGCAAAUGAGAGAGAACAUGCCGUUCAAAAAUCUUCUUGAAUCACAAAGGGAACAAGUCUUUUACUGACUUUAACCGCCUGGACUUUGAAGAUGUUUUCCGUAAUUUUGAGUUUACGGGCACGCACGAAAACGCAAGUAUUAAGUAGCGCGUGUUUUGUAAGAGUGCCAAAUGAUUACUAGAGAAGUAUUGGGCUAUGAAUUAGUCAAUUCGAGUUAAAUGAAACGCUUUGAGAAAAAGAACCUUAUUAAGGAGAGCUAAUAUAAAUAACAGUGUAUUUAUGUAAAACAAUAUGUUAAAAAAGUAACUUUUGAUAUUCAAAAAUGUACAAGAAGUUAUGUAAGCGAGAAUAUAUUUGAAGGACAAAGAGCUAGAAAGAUCCAAGUGUGGUUAUAUUUUGUGAAAUAGAGUAUAUUGUUAUUUUCAGAGCCUUUUACCAAAGAGAAGUAAUUAAAAGUCAGAAAUUUUCACUACAUAAUGGUGUGCAGACGAGAAAAACGUCACGUCUAUUAAGUGUUUAACUCACAGGUGGCUGCAUGUUUUAGCUGCGAACCACCGCAACCAUUGUUAUAGAACCUUCUGCAUAGAUAUGGAGUGGCGCCCAAUGCUGGCUCAUUAAAAAGUCUGUUACGC